AUGGAGCGCUCCAGAGCGGGGGAGUAUGGGGGUGGGGGGGCUGUCGUGGCCCUGAAGUUCAUCCCGAAGACGGGCCGCUCAGAGAAGGAGCUGAGGAGCCUGCGCCGUGAGAUGGAGAUCAUGCAGGGCCUGCGCCACCCCAACAUCGUGCAGAUGCUGGAUAGCCUGGAGACAGACAAUGAGGUGGUGGUCGUGACAGAGUUUGCAGAAGGGGAGCUGUUCCAGAUCCUGGAGGAUGACGGAAAUCUGCCCGAGGAGCAGGUCCGUGAUAUUGCCUGUCAGCUUGUCUCGGCUCUGUACUACCUGCACUCACACCGGAUCCUGCACCGUGACAUGAAACCGCAGAACAUCCUGCUCGGAAAAGGAGGAGUCCUCAAACUCUGCGACUUUGGUUUUGCCCGGGCCAUGAGCCUGCAGACACUGGUAUUGACCUCGAUCAAGGGGACACCCCUGUACAUGUCCCCAGAGCUGGUGGAGGAGAAGCCGUAUGAUCACACUGCUGACCUGUGGUCACUGGGUUGCAUCCUGUACGAACUCUACGUGGGCACACCUCCUUUCUACACCAAUAGCAUCUUCCAGCUGGUCAGCAUCAUCAUUAAGGACCCCGUCAAAUGGCCCAAAGGCAUCAGCCCCCAGUUCAAGUGCUUCCUGCAGGGUCUGUUAACCAAGGAUCCCCGGCAGAGACUGUCCUGGCCAGCACUACUGUACCAUCCCUUUGUGGCUGACCGCGUCGUCAUCGUGGAUGACACCCAGGAUUGUAGUGUCGAGAAGCCAUUCACCAUCCAGGCCAGUCCCGAAACACAAGCCUUGAAGGAGCAGCAAGCGAAGGAACUGGCUCCCAAAUCAGGACAGUCCAAAAUUCUCAGGAAGGCCAGAGAGAAGAUGCUGGAGGAAUCCAGGAGGAAGCAUUCUGUCCAAGCAGGGGUACCCGCUGGCCAGGCCCGGGCUGGCCCGACAGGCGAAGCCAAGCAGAUGCAGCCUCUCCCUGCAGCGGCUGGGGCACCUCACCUCCUGGGGAGCCAGCAAGCAGUGCGGCCCAGCCACGAAGCAGCAGUCAGUGGGAGCCCAGAAUGCCCUGCCCCUCCAGCAGGGACCGGCAGCACAGCGGAGAAGGAGAUAGACCAAGGUCCCCCUCCUACACCAGGGCUUCAUGAAAUCAGUCGGGAUUACGAGCGGGAAUUCCCCGAGGUGCAGGUUGGACCGAGAGUUACAAGGAGGAGGAGUCACAGCAUGGAGAACGUUGAUCUGGAUAAUGAGGAGAUGGACAGCGAUGAGGAGUGGCAGCAGCUCAUUGAGGUGACCGACCCUUCAGCACUUCAGCUGAGCACUCCCCUGACCCUUUUGAGGGACCAGAGCUUCCAGGAGCGUGUGCAGGCCAGGCUUGGAGAUUCCAGCACCCAGGUGCUGGAGGGAAUGCUGGAAGGUGCCUCCCGAUUACGACCGGUUCUGAGAGUGAUCGGGAACCUGCUGGCUACUCGCUGUGACUGGGAUCUCCUGCAUGCCUUCUGCCAGCAUCUGCAGCUCCCUCAGUUCCUGCUGACCGUCCUCGGACAGAUGCUGCACAGUGAAAUGAUCAGGCAGCAGCCGUGGUGUGUGAAGGUCCUGUCUGACCUGCUGGCCGUUCUUGCGGCAUAUUUCUCCAGCAAUUUUGAUGCAGAGCCAUCGGGAACCAGCUGUGGACUCCAGGUUUUCGAACAGUCGGCCAAGCAGUUUCUCAGGCUCCUCGAAACCCUCCUGUCCUCGGCCACAGAGCGCGAGAUGACACUCAGAGAGCAAAGCAUCACGGAAAGUUACCAGCGUGUCCACACCAACGUGUACAUGGCUAUGCAUUUCCCAGAAGCUGUUCCCCUGAGAAUCGCAUCUGCCGAAAUAUUGAUGACGAUGUUGACCAACUUUGGAACGAUCUGCCCAGAAGACUCAGGGGUCAAACGUUGUGCCUAA